UCAGGACUCCGUCUCAAAAAAAACAAAACAAAAAAACAACUAUACUUUGAUAACAUUUCCUACAUAUCGAUUUAGCAAACAUCUAGGAGUUUGACAAUUCAUUCUAUUGGAGAGGCUGCAGAGAAACAGCAAACGUUGCUGGAGUGAAUACAAAAUUGCACAACCCCUAUGAAAGGGAAUUUGGUAGUAUUAAACAAAAUAACAUGUUCUUUUACCCUUUGACCUAACAAUCCCAUUUAUAGAAAUCUAUGCUAAAGACCCACUGGCAACAGCAUGUUAUAUACGCACAAGGAACCUUUUGUAAUAGCAAAAGACUGGGAAUAGUCCACAUAUCCACUAGUAAGAGCCUGGCUAAAUAAACUACACUACACCCAUAUAUAACCAAAAAGAGUUAUGUCCAGUUCAUUUACAACAUAGUAUCUUGACUGUACAUCCCCAGUUGGACACAGUUUUAGAAAAAAGGAAGCACGUGCAAAGUUAAACUUCAUUAUCUGUCUAACAUUAGCAAUAUCACUAUUGUUAUUCUGUUUUUAGUCGUUCUUUAUCCUAUUACUGCUAUUAUUGUUAUUGUUUUUAUAUACCUGUGAAUAUACGUAGAUGAAGCAAAUAAGCAUUAUGUUAAUAUUAAGAACCAAUAUUUUCAUUGCCUCCAUGUGUGGAGAAAAAAAAGAACCAAUAUUUUCAUCUUAAGAGAAAGGAGACAAAAAGAGCUCAGCUUUAAAAAAGGAUUACGACGUAGAAAAAGACACAACACUCAAGAUAGUCAUGGGUCUUUAAGAAACGGAAAUUUGAGACGGCUAAAACACAGAAGAGUGUGGAGUUUGGGAUAGAGAUGAGGCUCAAGACAGCGUAAGCAAUUUUCUAAAGUUAUGUCUGAAGCAAGAAGAAAAGACAAGGAAUAGGUUCAGUUUCAUCUCUGAUACACUGUUUCUUGUUAAAAUUGAUGUUUUUUUUCUGCAGGCAUUUGCUUCCUGAAUGAUGGUCCCACUCAGCCAUCCACCUACACUUUCUACCAAGUCAAUUUAUACUGAUUCUUCGGGUCAGUCAAUCACUGGUACGUUUCCCCUCCCUGGUCAAGGAUCUUUUAUUAUACCCUAUCACAGAAUCAUAUUCCUUUCCUUAGUGCACUUCUCUCAACUGAUAAGUACCCCCAUUAAUGUAAUUACUUGAUAAAUACAUGCCUGCCUUUCCUCUUCCAGGGCCGAAAUUGUGCCUGGUUUUGCUCAUCAUUCUAUAGUAUAUAGCAGGAGUUCAAUAAACAGUUGUUAAAGCAACAUAUUUAACUUCCAUUUUGUUCCCAUCUCUUCACUCAGAGACUUUUCUUUGGAUUGGGAAGGGUAAAAUACCCGAAGACUUGAACUCCAAAAGAAACAAAAUGAUUUUAUGCAAACGUUUCUUUCUUAAAACUCAUUCAUUGGGCAAAUAUUCAUUUAGUCCCUGGCACUAUUUGGUAAUGGGAAUACAGGAGUGCAUAUGGCAGAUAAAGUUCUGUUGCUGCUCUUACCGAGUUUAGUAGGGGUGAGAUGUGGUGUUAGUAAAUGCAUACUAUAUUGUCUGUAUUUAAAUCGAGUCCAAAUCUCCCGCUCUAAAUCCCGCCUUGGGAUGUUUCUUACAUCCCAAGAAACAGAGUAUUUUGAUGGGAUCGCUGAUGUUUCAGAAUACAAAAGUAGCUCAGGGCGUUUGCAGUCGUGCAAGUCAACAAGAUAACAGUCUGAACCGAAAGCUGGGCUCCUCCGGGUCUCCUAACUCCAAAUCCAACUCCAAGCUUCUGCAGCUGCCACCUCCCGUAGACUUCUCAUUUCUUCCGCAUUCUCCUCUCACGACGGGUCUUCUUUGUUGUACUUAAUUUCCUAUGCAACAAGAUUUCAGCAUCACCAUCAGUCCCCCAAAGACCAAUUCUCACAGAGCCGAAGUUCCCACCAAGGGCGGUGGGAAAGGGUUACUAAAAUCAGCGUUUAUGAAUCCUGUCUCAAGUUGUCUCAACUGGGGUUCCGUAGAACAGUUUCUUCGUAAGAGGUCCUUCAGCGACAGCCGAGCUCGGGAAAAAACGGGAACAAGGUGUCUUUUACAUUUCCUCAAAUACCGUGUAUGGUCUGAGGCGCAGGUCAGGUGUAUUUAAAUAUCCUUUAAACAGUACUCCCCCCGCCCCAAAAACUGACCUUGAAGGAACAAGUGAAACUCAUCCUACUUUUCAUGUUUGCUGGGUUUGCCCGUUACACCCCUUCCCCCGCACCUACCAAGACAGGCAGCUGUCGGCCACCCUCCGGGGUCCUGAUUUUGAAAAGAGGAGUGGACCAAUCAGAUGUGGAGCGCUGUUUGGCGCUGCAGUUUGAGCCUGAGCUGAAACUGCGGGUGUGACGGCCGCGGUGGCUCCGGGUGUCUGCGGAGGUGGUGGGGGCGGAAGCAUGAGGCUAACGGCUUGGCUUCCGUGAGCGCACCGGGAUGUGCAGGCCGGGAGCUAGAGGCAGGCUGAUGGGGGAGGGGACGAGCAGCCUGUGAGACGGGGUGACUGCGGCGACCAGCCCGGGCGGGCACCGGGACUGGAAGAGUUGCCCGAGCAGCCGGCUGGUCCGGCGGCCAGGCUGGGGCGGGGACGAGCACCCAGUUGAGCCUGCUGGGGCUGGAGGAGCGAGAAGGGUCCUCUUCACAUUUCAGAGCGAACCAGACGGGGACAGUAAGGUUUGGAGGAAGGGGGGAUCGUUGGAAGCAGCCCGAAGUGGUGAGAAUCUGGCGAUAGGCGAGAAACGGAAAGAAUCAAAAAGAAGCGAAGUCUAUGUGAGUAGCUGAAAGGAUUGGGUGACCAGAAAGAAGGUCGGUGUAAGUGAAGGAAGAGUGAGGUGUGGCUGGAUCAAAGGGCUAAGAGAAGAGGGUCUGUGUAAGUGGAUGUAAGUGAGGAUCAAGGAAAAGCCGUGGAAGUGGCCGGGGUUCGGGGCCGCAGGAGUGCCAGACGGGGCCGGAAGGCAGCGGAGCGGAGUUCAGAUUUGAGAGCGUUUGGAAAUUGGAAGACUUGGUGGCGAACGAGGGUCAGGACCUGCGUCCUGCCUCAGAGAGCGAUCGACGUGUCCGGAAUGUGGGAUCAGAGGCUGGUGAGGUUGGCCCUGUUGCAGCAUCUGCGGGCCUUCUAUGGUAUUAAGGUGAAGGGUGUCCGUGGGCAGUGCGAUCGCAGGAGACACGAAACAGCAGCCACGGAAAUAGGGGGUAAAAUAUUUGGAGUACCCUUUAAUGCACUGCCCCAUUCUGCUGUACCAGAAUAUGGACACAUUCCAAGCUUUCUUGUCGAUGCUUGCACAUCUUUAGAAGAACAUAUUCAUACCGAAGGGCUUUUUCGGAAAUCAGGAUCUGUGAUUCGCCUAAAAGCACUAAAGAAUAAACUGGAUAGUGGUGAAGGUUGCCUAUCUUCUGCACCUCCUUGUGAUGUUGCAGGACUUCUUAAGCAAUUUUUUAGGGAAUUGCCAGAGCCCAUUCUCCCAGCUGAUUUGCAGGAAGCACUUUUGAAAGCUCAACAGUUAGGCACAGAGGAAAAGAAUAAAGCUACACUGUUGCUCUCCUGUCUUCUGGCUGACCACACAGUUCAUGUAUUAAGAUACUUCUUUAACUUCCUCAGGAAUGUUUCUCUUAGAUCCAGUGAGAAUAAGAUGGAUAGCAGCAAUCUUGCAGUAAUAUUUGCACCAAAUCUUCUUCAGACAAAUGAAGGACAUGAAAAGAUGUCUUCUAACACAGAAAAAAAGCUACGAUUACAGGCUGCAGUAGUACAGACUCUUAUCGAUUAUGCAUCAGAUAUUGGGCGUGUACCAGAUUUUAUUCUGGAAAAGAUACCAGCUAUGUUGGGUAUUGAUGGUCUCUGUGCUACUCCAUCACUAGAAGGCUUUGAAGAAGGUGAAUAUGAAACUCCUGGUGAAUAUAAGAGAAAGAGAAGACAAAGUGUAGGAGAUUUUGUUAGUGGAGCACUAAAUAAAUUUAAAUCUAACAGAACACCUUCUAUUACACCUCAACAAGAAAGAAUUGCCCAGCUGUCUGUAUCACCGGUGAUUCUUACACCAAAUGCUAAACGUAAAUUGCCAGUAGAUUCUUCUCAUGGUUUCUCAAGUAAGAAAAGGAAGGCCAUCAAGCAUAAUUUUAACUUUGAGCUGUUGCCAAGUAAUCUCUUCAAUAGCAGUUCUACACCAGUAUCAGUUCACAUCGAUACAAACUCAGAAGGGUCAUCUCAGAGUUCACUCUCUCCUGUACCCAGUGGUGGAAACCAUUUGAUCACUGCAGGUGCGCCAAGGCGAAGUAAAAGAAUUGCAGGCAAAAAAGUUUGCAGAGUAGAAUCAGGAAAAGCAGGCUGCUUUUCUCCUAAACUCAGCCAUAAAGAAAAGGUUCGAAGAUCUCUUCGUUUGAAAUUCAAUCUAGGGAAAAAUGGCAGAGAUGUAAAUGGAUGUUCUGGUGUCAGUAGAUAUGAAAGUGUUGGUCAGCGACUUGCAAAUCAACAAAGUUUAAAAAAUCGAAUUGAAUCUGUAAAAACAGGUUUGCUUUUUAGCCCAGAUGUUGAUGAAAAGUUACCAAAGAAAGGUUCACAAAAGAUCAGUAAGUCUGAGGAAAACUUACUAACUCCAGAGCGACUAGUUGGAACAAAUUACCGGAUGUCUUGGACAGGACCUAAUAAUUCAAGUUUUCAAGAAGUAGAUACAAAUGAAGCUUCUUCAAUGGUGGAAAAUCUUGAGGUAGAAAACUCUUUGGAGCCUGAUGUUAUGGUUGAAAAGUCACCUGCUACUUCAUGUGAACUCAUUCCUUCCAAUUUAAACAGUAAGCAUCAUAGCAACAUAACAAGUAGCCCUCUUAGUGGGGAUGAAAAUAACGUGACCAAAGAGACUUUGGUGAAAGUUCAAAAAGCAUUUUCUGAAUCUGGAAGUAAUCUUCAUGCAUUGAUGAAUGACAGGCAGUUAUCAGUACCUAAUGUGGGGAAAGUAAAAUUAACUGAACCAUCUUAUUUAGAAGAUAGCCCAGUGGAAAAUCUGUUUGAAACUAAUGAUUUGACUGUAGUAGAAUCAAAGGAGAAAUAUGAACACCUCACUGGUAAAGGUGAAAAAUGUUUUUCAGAGAGGGACUUUUCACCCCUUAAAACUCAAACAUUUGAUAGAGAAGCAACUAUAAAAUGUUAUUCAACUCAGAUGAAGAUGGAACAUGAAAAAGACAUUCAUUCAAAUAUGCCAAAAGAUUAUUUAAGCAAGGAAGAAUUCCCCAGUGAUGAACAAAUAAAGAAACAGCAGUCCCCAAAGGUUAAACUGAAUAAUAAAUUAAAGGAGAAUGAGAAUAUGAUUGAAGGUAACUUACCAAAGUAUGCAGCACAUAGCAAGGGCAAGACUAGAGCCUCUUUCUCACAGCAGAGUACAUGUGUUAUAACAAACUUGUCAAAACCUAGGCCUAUGAGAAUUGCUAAACAGCAGUCAUUGGAAACAUGUGAGAAAACAGUUUCUGAAAGUUUACAAAUGACAGAACAUAGAAAGGUUUCUGAUCACAUACAGUGGUUUAACAAGCUUUCUUUAAAUGAACCAAAUAGAACAAAAGUCAAGUCACCUCUUAAGUUUCAGCGUACUCCUGUUCGUCAGUCUGUCAGAAGAAUUAAUUCUUUGUUGGAUUAUAGCAGACAGCCUAUAGGGCAUAAGUUGGCGAGUCUUGGUGAUACAGCUUCUCCUCUGGUCAAAUCAGUGAGCUGUGACGGUGCUCUUUCCUCUUGUAUGGAAAGUACAUCAAACGAUUCCUCUGUUUCAUGUAUCGAAUCAGGUCCUAAAGAACGGAAGUCCAUGUCAUGUGAAGAGUCAAAUACUGAUGCGAUUUCAAAGUCAAGCAUGGAGUUACCUUCGAAAUCUUUCUUAAAGAUGAAGAAGCACCCAGAUUCAGUGAAUGCUUCUCUUGGGUCUACUACAGUUUGUAAACAGAAGAUGUUAUCUGAUGGCCAAGUUAAGCUUCCCUUGGAUGAUCUGACUAAUCAUGAUAUAUUAAAACCGGUUGUAAAUAACAAUAUAGGCAUUUCUUCUGGGAUAAAUAACAGGGUCCUUAAGAGACCAUCAGAAAGAGAAAGGGCCUGGUACAAAGGUUCUCCAAAACAUCCUAUCGGAAAAACUCAAUUACUACCAACAAGUCAACCUGUAGACUUGUAACUGGUAAAUGUUAUACUUGUCAUUAAUGUAAAUAAAGUGAGCAGUUGAUGGUAUGACUUGCAGGAUAAUCUACCUGUUAGUUUGUAGCUCAGGAUGAUUAUUAAGCAAUAGAUUUGCUCUGAAACAUUUUUAUUUCACUGUACAAGCAACUUGGAUUUUUAUUUGUACAAAUUACUUGUUUUUGUUAAUGAUGGCAAUUUUUAAACUUUAAUUUUAUUGUGAUCUCUUAAAGCAGAAGUUAGACUUUACCUUUCUAAAGAAAUUGUUGACUGGAUUUAUAAGAAGUUAAUUUUUGAAAAUUACAUGAUAUUUUUGUGUGAUAGGAAGAAUGGAGCAAGUUGUGCCUAUUUCCUCAAGUCAGAUAAGGUUUCUAAAAGAAAUGAAUUUCUAGCAUGUAAAGAGUAGAGAUAAACCCUGCAAAUCUUAUGUCUGGAAUUAUAUUAAUGUUUGUCCUUGCCAAAAUUCCUAGAAAUUAAUUUCCUUUGAUAGCAUCCUAAUAUUCUAUUUUUAUUUGGGGCACAGUAAUUUCAUUUAUGUUGCCUGUAGGUGUACCAUGUGUUCACUUGAACAAAGAACAAAUGACUAAGAUGGAGUAAUGACUAAAGUAUGUUCACAUAUUAUGAUGCGGAAAUAAUUGAUAACUUUUAAGCCAUACUACGAUUUUAAAGACAAUUUGCACAAAUACAUUUGUAUCUGUUUUGUCCAGUAUAGAUUUGGCAAUUAUUUAAAGAGGGAUAAUCUUGAAAAAAAUUAAUCAAGGUGAUUUCUUAUAUGUAGAUGCUUGAUUUUGGAAUUUGAAAUAGUAGAUGUACCUCUUUAACCUUUUUUACUUGGAUAAAAACCUAUGAUGAUUUUGUCCUGUGUGUAAAUGUUAUUUAUUUAGCAUAGACAUUAAAGAUAACUCUCUGGAAAAUGACUUGACUAAGGCUGUCAUGAAAUUCAAAGUGCCAUUUAGAACAUGCAACAAAUUGUCAAGCAAAUCUGUCUAAAUUUAUAUUUUAAAUUAUUACAAAUUACACAUCUUUGAGGAAGGAGUAUUAUGAACAAUAGAACAUAUUCUCUAGGUUGUAGAGGAAGGAAUAAGCAGACAGAAUCAACCACUAAAGAUAGUUUUUCAGAUCAAUUGUUAGAAUGUCAUGUUUAGAUGUUGGAGCAGAUUAGAGAAGCAUUCAUGCCACUUGGAGCAACCAGACUUACAGCGUAAGUAUGGACGAGGAAUUUCAGAUCAUUGGAUGUUUGCUUGGCUAGUUCUACUUUGUUUAUUUGAUAUCAAAUAGGUUUGUAGAUGUUUAUGGUAUUUCUAAUUGUAAGUAGAGACAAAAUAUUCAUAUACUCAGAUAUAUGUUGUCUGCUUUAAACAAUUUUUAAAUUUUAAAAAUGCAUUAAUGUCUUUUUAUAUGCAUCAAGGGAAGGAUGAAAUGUUGAAUUUGAAGGCUAAUUCAGUAAGAAGUCCUAGGGAUUUAACUGUACAUACUACCUGGACUGGCUUUUCUGAGAGAUGAAUCAAUAAUGAAAAAUGUCUGUUUAAAAAAAAAAACUGCCACAUGUGACUACUAUUUUUGUUAGCUGAAAGCUGCAAUACAAAGUAUUACAGGAAUAUGAAGGUGAAUAGCUUGAAGAUAUGGUAACUAGAGAGUCAGAAAAGUUUUGUUUUAGACUUGAUUUAAUGUGUUUUUAUUUUUUCUUACACAAAAUAGAGAUAAUGUUGGUAACUUCAUGGGAUAUUUGAAGAAAUGAUAUAAAUACACUUUACAAAGUUAAAAGUGUCUGGACAUGUGCAGUAACCGCAUGGGUUCUUUUCUGUGUCUUAGUAAUGUAAAUAAAGAUCUAAUAUUAA